AUGGACUCACUAGACAAAAUCGCAAGCGUCGACAAAAUUUUGGAUCUACUUUCCACAGUCGGUUACGUCGACGCCACAUGUUCCGAUGCACCGCCGUCGCAUAAAAUCGCCGCUGGCCUCUCUUGGACCAUCGCCGCCCUCAACUCCACCUCCAACACAAUACACGAUGAAAACAACACACAGUACAUAGAAGAAUAUCUAAAAUCAAUAGAAUGUCCACACCCUCUUCAACAAACUCAUAUUACAAAAUUUGAUUCUGAUGCUCUUUUCCCCGUUAUUCAAUGGAUUACUUCACGUCUAAAAUCAACACAAGAACAAUGUGUCAGUCAGGUAUGUCGAGAUGAAGAAACUAUUGACGAAGAUGAUGAGCUUAAAACUACUUUGAUAAACAAGUUGGAUGAAAUGAAUCACCGGAAGACGAAUGUUGUGGAGCAGUUAGAUGAGUUAAGAGCGAGAAUCAAUAAGGAAGGUGCUGAUUCCGCAGUUCAGAAGUUGUAUCCAUUAAUCAUGUCUAUGAAGGAUCUUGAAAGGAAGGAAAACAGCUUUCUGUUCAACCGCGAUGCUAAGCAUUCUGAACUUCAGGCCGAGAUUAGUGAAUUAGAGAGGAAAAUAGCAAGUGACUAUGAUAGCAAGUGCCUUACUGAUGAGCUUCAUCAUUCUUUUAGUGAAUCACUUGAAAGAGUCGAUUUGAUGAAAAAGGAACUUGCUGCUAGAUUAAGGGAUGUAGUGGCAUUAAGACGUCGGAUUGAUGAUCUACCGUGCCAAUCAGAAAUCGUCCAGUACGUUGGCUUCUUUCACCUUUCACUUAUUCAUGACUUCUAUUGUUUUUAUGCUAUGUAA